UCGUCGGCUUCUUCAGUCUCCCUCCCUCUUCUUGUGAGUGUUCCCAGCGCGAGGCAAAACCCCCCGUCUAGCGCGUCGUAAGUUUGUUGCCACCCUCUACUCCUUGGUUUUGCAGCUCCGUCGGGCUGCAUUUUUCGAUGUAGACUCGUCAGAGGCUUGUUAGGCUGUUCUGUAUCUGUUUGAUCCUUGUUAAGUGUGCAAACAGAGGCGUUUUCUUAGGCGCAACGACAUUGUGCAGAGUUGGAGCCAGAGUGUGGAGUAUGUUGGAGGCGAUGCUGGAACUAGGUUGAGGUUGGAGCGAGAGUUAGGAUUGAGGGGGAGAGAAAAGUGGAGUAAUGGAAGGGGGUAAUUCGCUCGUUGCUGGGCCGGAGGGGAGGAAGCGGCGGGUGUCGUACUUUUACGAUCCUGAUGUCGGGAACUACUACUAUGGACAGGGACAUCCCAUGAAGCCUCACCGCAUUCGGAUGGCGCACUCGCUGUUGGUGCACUAUAAUUUGCACACGAGGAUGGAGGUGCUGCGGCCUUACCCGGCGCGCGAUCGCGACCUCUGUCGUUUUCACGCGGAUGAUUAUGUUUCUUUCUUGAAAGAGGUUACGCCGGAGACGCAGCACGACCAGAUGAGGCAACUCAAGCGUUUCAACGUGGGCGAAGAUUGCCCUGUGUUUGAUGGGCUGUACAAUUUCUGCCAAACCUAUGCUGGGGGCUCUGUCGGGGGCGCCGUGAAGCUGAACCAUGGCCACAGCGACAUUGCCAUCAACUGGGCGGGAGGCUUGCAUCAUGCCAAGAAGUGCGAGGCUUCCGGGUUUUGCUAUGUUAACGAUAUCGUGCUGGCUAUUUUGGAGCUUCUUAAAUACCAUCAGCGAGUGCUCUAUAUUGAUAUCGACAUACACCACGGAGAUGGCGUGGAGGAGGCGUUUUACACAACUGAUAGAGUGAUGACAGUGUCUUUUCACAAGUUUGGGGACUACUUUCCUGGAACUGGAGAUGUUCGAGACAUUGGUUAUGGGAAGGGAAAGUAUUAUUCGCUGAAUGUUCCAUUGGACGAUGGAAUUGAUGAUGAGAGCUAUCAGUCGCUUUUUAAGCCCAUCAUGUCGAAGGUGAUGGAAGUAUUCCAACCUGGUGCAGUGGUUCUACAGUGUGGGGCCGACUCUUUGUCGGGUGAUCGACUUGGCUGUUUCAACUUGUCUGUGAAAGGCCAUGCAGAGUGCGUUCGAUUUAUGCGAUCUUUCAACGUGCCGUUGCUGCUUGUGGGUGGUGGCGGGUACACGAUUCGCAAUGUUGCUCGUUGUUGGUGCUACGAGACAGCUGUGGCAGUAGGAGAAGAAUUGGACGAUAAAUUGCCUCACCAUGAAUAUUACGAGUACUUUGGGCCUGAUUAUUCUCUACAUGUUGCACCUAGUAACAUGGCUAAUCAAAAUUCAAAGAAAGAUCUUGAUAAUUUGAGGAUGAAACUAUUGGAUAACCUAUCCAAAUUGCAGCAUGUUCCGAGUGUGCCUUUUUCAGAAAGGCCACCAGAUACUGAACUCCCUGAAAAUGAGGAUGAAGAUUUGGAGCUUCGUGAUAAAGGCCGCGCAUGGGAUGGCGAACUGUCUGAAUCUGACUCUGAAGAGCAUGAUCUAAGACGCCGCAGCCAGGGUAUAGUUGCUAGUGAGGCAGCAUUCGCAAGAAGACCCCCGCCGUUGGGUUCAGUUAGGGGGAAAUCUGAGGAGGAUGCUGGUGAAGCAAUGUCUUCGGAUGACGAGAUUGAAAUGGAAGAUGAGACAGGAAAAGGUCCCGAGGAUUCAAAAGAUGCUGCUGAGGAGCACGCUGAAAUGGAUGUGGAUCCAAGGGUGGAGGCUGGAUCCGAGGCUGAGGCACCAUCAAAUAUGGAAGUUGGUGAGGCACCUCGGGCAGAGCAAGCAGAUAUUUCUACAGGACCAGCUCCUGCUGUAGUGGUCACACCACCGACAACCACAGCCAAUGUCGGAAGAGAGAGCAGUUUAUCUGUAUCUUCAGCUCCCCCCUUGCAUGGCCCUCCUUUAAGCGCAAAUGCUACUGCAAAACCAGCUGCUUCUUUUGGUAGAGUCGUGGAGCGAUCAACGGUCGCCCCUGCAGCAGGAAAUCCCAAUCAAAGUAAUUCUUCUUUUGGAGGCGCACCUGGUUUUACGCAAAGAGCAUAUGUGCCUCCCCAACCAGGCGCAGCGUCAAACAUACCUUGGCGACAGUCUCAACCUGGCAACCAUUCAAAGACCAACAAUCCAUCUAGUAAUUCAUAUACCCCAUCCCAAGCUGGUCUUUCAUUUGGUAACAGGACAGGCCCUCCGCCUCCGAGUGUAGGAGUAUCUGUUCUAGGCUCUGUUUCUGGAAUUUUGCCUCGUCCUAAUGUAAGCCUCGCGGUACCGCCCGGUCGGCCAGUUCCUCCAGGCCCCGGUUCUGUUCCUGUAAGACCGGCAGGACCAGCGAACCGGUUUCCAUCCACCACCAUUCCAGCAGCUGGAUUGGGAGAGCCUGCAGGAACUGACCUCUGAAACCGCAAAAGGGUGCCUUAGACUUCUAAGAUUCUGUUCCUUCACAUUUUUUCAUGCCUGCUUCUGCGGCGUUGUGAUGAAUAUUGGGGGGUAUCCAAGCCGUGUACAAUGUGCUGCACUUCCUGUUUCCUUCUCUGUUUUGAACAGCUAACAUACUCUUCAGCCACAUGGUGUGAUUUUUCUUUC